GCAGUGUUCGCUCACUCGUCAUUCACCCUACAGCUGUCAACCGAGACGCGUCGUUUCGGUACUUCUCCUGUGUUUGCCUUUGUUUGCUGCACAUCGCUAAAAGUAUUUUACAUUUAUCCUAUCGUGCAGGCGCUGUGGAACACAGAGAAGAGUACACAUUUUCAGACGCUGCCCCUAACCUGCAAAAGUUGAUUUUUCCACCCGCUGUGUUCAGACAUCGAGGAAACAGCACAUACAGCAAUGGCAACUGUGAUACGACUUAAGAGACGAGUGGAUGAAGAUCCGUUGAAUGCAUUUGUGCUGAACUGUAAACGGCAACGCGUCGAAGGUGGUACGGGAGUAGAUGAGGAUGACAAUGCGAACGCGGCUGCGGCGGGUACUUCAACCAUACUAAAGUUUGCUGGCACAUUUACUAAGGCUGAAGGCAUCGCAACGCACAUACAAAACAUACACAAAGAUCAAGCAAAGGAUGCUUUGUCGCGAGUGCACCGACCCAACAUAACCUCCCGGAACCGGCUGGCAGCGAAACAGAGCGCACAAAACAGCCGAUUCAAAAUUGUCAACUGCACGCGCUCGAUCGCAACUGUGGACAGUGAUACGAGUGAUAAUCCAAUCGCUACAACGAUCGUAGACGUAGAGCGGGAAUCGGGGACGGCUCGGUUGGAAAAUACGAACGUCCCUCCGGACAUGCCAGCGCUGGCUACCGUUACGCCGGAUAUAGUGAAUUCCGUGACACAUGGUGGAGCAUCAAAUCUACAGCAGCAGCAGGAGCAGCAGGAACAACAGCAUCACCAGUUGGAACAGGCGCCAUAUUUUUACGAACACGGUGUACACUACGUCUACGAUCUGUAUGUAGCCGAUGCGAGCCAGGAUGUUACGCACAUUCCCUACUACAUCGACAAUCUGGACGAUCUCAGUGUCAUGGUGUGUGAUGAUCCACUCUAUUCAUCCCAUCGGGGUCUCGAUUCGGACGAUUCGAGUGAUACAGAUUCGGAAGAUUCUAAUGCUGAGGGUAACUGGCGCAACGAUUACCCAGACGAGGAAGAUCACCCGGACGGGGAUAGCGUUGACGAGGAGGACAUGGCACGCGCGGUGGAGGAUCUUGAUUUGGAAGGCGAAAGGGAAUUAUCCUCGGACGAAGAUUACGUGCGGUACGACAACGAGGAGGAAGAGGAGGAUGAGUUUGCUUACCCACGGGAUGUCGGUGUGCUGUACACGGACGAGGAAGAAGAUUCCGACAGCGACACGGAAGGAGUUAAUCGGGAUGAUGUUCGGCGCUAUGGUACAGCGUACGCACGUUACAAAGCACGCAUCCUGCGGGAAGAGAAACGUGGACCAGCCGAGAGUAGUAGUUCUAGCUCGGAGGAAAAUUUUGAUUUGUAUGAUUAAUUGCACGCAACAUGAAGUUUGCUGCUUAGGAGGUGCUUGUGGGUAAAAAGACAUAACUCCCUCAAGGGAAAGAAAUGAGAGUAACUCAUAAAGCCGACGAAUACUUUGUAUGUUGUAUAUCAGGGGAGGUGGAAUCAAUCUGUCUAUCAUAUUGCUAGGGCACUCGCAUGCUGUCCGAUCAGUCAAGAGUUCAGUUCUCUAAGCGGCAGAGAAGGAAGUGUUUUGGUUUUCUAAAGUAUGUGUGCUCAUCGGUUUUAAAAA